AUGGCCUUUGCUGUCACAUCAGGGAUGAAAGGAAAAUACAACAAGGAUAACGACGAAAACGAUCACCACAGCACCAAUUUCAAUGCGCGUAUAGACCCCGCAUUACUGGCGCUAGACUCCAGCACAGUUACACCAUCGGUCGAGUCGACGGAAACUGCAAAAGGCUACGAUGCUCCUCCCCAACCAGCUGGCAAGACCGGUAAAAGGAAGGCUCGCGGGCCAAAAACACCGUCAAAGCCACCCAGAGUACCGUCAGGUCCUUGGCCGGAGCAGUUCAAAACUCUGUCUCAAACACAUCGAGCCCUGAACUUGGUUUACACGUUUUGCUGCACGCGAAAACAUCUUGCCACCACGCUUGACACGAUCAAAGCGGCCGUGCGAGCUCAACUGGGAGGCCGGGAGCUUACCGUGGACGAUGUGUCCAGAAUAAAAGUUCUCAUUCCGCGCGCAAUUCGAUUUGAGUAUGUCGACGAAGCAGCUCUCGAAGUCAUGGGAACCGGCGAAGGUGGGAAAGACGAUUACAAAUGGCUGAAUACAAAAAGUGCUAGUUUGGGUGGCGGUUUUAUUCCCAGUGAAACCGCGAAUGACACAACCCAUACGCAGUCUUUUAGACAGGACGAUCUGAAUGAAUCAAACCCUGUUCUAUUCUUUGAGUUUGUUGACGAAGAUCUCAGGCGACAGGUUCAAAACAGCAAAACGGGUGAACCGGUACGGCCUACUAAGAGACUGAGAAAUGACGAGCUGAAAAUGCCCGUCUUUAGUCAAAAGCAAAUGCUGGGCUUGAUUGAGAAGAGAAACACAAAAUUCUCUAAUGCAAUAGACGCCUUCUUGGUCAAAUGCGAGGAUGAAAAUGCAGAUCCAGUGGAGCGGUUGGAGAAUGAGAAAGUGAUACCAAUUCCACCAACAAAAAACACAGCGAAUACUCGUUUUGCACUUGUUCCUCCAGAGAUACCCAAGGAGCGCAAAUCGAUUGCCGAAAUUAUAGCUGAAAUCAGGGAAAGUGAAUGGUACACAGCGCAGAUAGUGCCAGAGGGCCACCGGGUUUUUGAUUCGCGAUUGGCAGUCGAUGGGGACCUGUCCUUUCAACUGUCACAAAAUCUUGUCAAUGCCCUUUACAAUACGAAAGGAAUCACCCAGCUAUAUUCGCAUCAGGCCGAAGCUAUAAACAAUAUCUACGAUGGACAUAGCGUCAUCGUCUCUACGUCAACAAAUUCCGGAAAGUCGUUGAUAUAUCAGAUUCCGAUGCUACACGAACUUGAGAAUGAUCCAAACAGUCGAGGCAUUUAUAUUUUCCCAACAAAGGCUCUCGCGCAAGAUCAAAAGCGUAGUAUGAAAGAGUUGCUGGCCUACAUGGAUGGUCUGGAGGAUAUCAUUGUCGAAACAUUUGAUGGAGAUACCCUUAUGAGCGAGCGGAAUACCAUUCGCGAUGAAGGCCGCAUUAUUUUUACGAACCCUGAUAUGCUGCAUGUCACAAUCCUACCGCAGGAAAGUUCGUGGCGGACAUUUUUGCAGCAUCUCAAAUUUGUCGUUGUGGAUGAGCUCCACUCCUACAAUGGUCUCUUUGGAUCUCAUGUCGCCUUCAUAAUGCGGCGACUACGACGGAUUUGUGCGGCUGUAGGCAAUCGACAUGUGAAAUUCAUUUCGUGUUCUGCGACUGUUGCCAACCCAGUGGAGCAUAUGAAGACCAUCUUUGGCGUGGAUGAUGUUCGCCUAACUGACUUUGACGGCUCUCCGUCUGGCCGAAAAGAAUUUAUAUGCUGGAAUACGCCAUUCAAAGAUCCACAUGAUCCCACCUCUGGUAGAGGAGAUAGUGUUGCCGAAACAGCAAGGUUAUUCUGCCAGCUGGUCUUGCGCGGUGUCCGGGUCAUAGCAUUCUGUAGAAUCAGAAAGCAGUGCGAGAUUGUAUUGGCGGCAGUCAAGAAUGAAUUUCAAGCACUGCAACGACCAGAGGUUGGCCAGCUUGUCAUGGGUUACCGCGGCGGUUACAGUCCGCAGGAUCGACGGCGCAUCGAGAAGGAGAUGUUCGAAGGCACAUUGAUGGGCAUCGUGGCAACCAACGCCCUUGAGCUCGGAGUGGAUAUUGGCUCUCUAGAUGCAGUCUUGACUCUGGGGUUUCCCUUUUCAAUAUCCAAUCUGCGGCAACAGAGUGGGCGAGCUGGUCGACGAAACAAAGAUUCAUUAGCCGUCCUCAUCGGCGACAGUUUUCCAACAGAUCAACACUAUAUGAGCAACCCAGACGAGAUUUUUAGUAAACCUGACUGCGAGUUACAAGUGGACUUGACAAAUGAGCUCGUGUUAGAGGGUCAUGUCCAAUGCGCUGCAUUCGAAAUGCCCCUGAAACCAGAGGAAGACAAAGCCUAUUUUGGCCAACAGUUGGGCGAGUUCGCAUCGACCCGUCUUGUCCGAGAUGCACUCGGAUUUUAUCACUGUAAUGAGCGAUUCCGGCCCAAACCGUCGCAAUACGUGUCAAUUCGAGAUAUGGAAGACAGCACGUUUGCCGUCAUCGACAUCACUCAUAACAGAAACAUAGUCUUGGAAGAAGUCGAAGAAUCACGGGCAUUCUUCACCAUAUACGAAGGUGGCAUUUUCAUGCACCAAGGUUUGACAUAUGUUGUCAGAGAGCUUAAUACCGAGAAACGAAUUGCCCGCGUAGUCGAAGUACAGGUGGACUGGAACACGCAACAGCGCGAUUUCACCGACAUCGACCCGGUUGAGACGGAAGCCAUCCGACACAUCAGCGGCUCGUCAACGUCACGCGCCUUCUUUGGCGCAAUCCAGAUCCACGCGGUGGUAUACGGAUUCUUCAAGAUCGACAAGCGCGGACGAGUCCUCGAUGCUGUGCAAGUGGACAACCCGCCUAUUGACACAUUUACGAAAGGCAUGUGGCUCGAUGUGCCCAAACAAGCGCUGGAAAUUCUUGAGUCUCGCCGUCUCAACAUUGCAGCUGCCAUCCACGCUGCCGAACACGCCGUGCUGUCUCUGCUGCCCACCUUUGUCAUCUCUCUGCCCGGCGACGUACGCACCGAAUGCAAGGUAGCCAAGAAAGAACUUGGCAAGAACCUCAAACGCGCCAACGAGUCGUCGUUGGACGGUAGCACUACCAAAAUCACCGCCACGAAAAAUCAAUUCAAGCAACAUGGACCUGUCAACCGUGAUUUCCUCGAACCACCGCGUCGCCAACGCCCCGCCCGAUUAACCUUUUACGACGCCAAGGGCGGCUCUUCGGGGUCUGGAAUUGCGCUGAAAGCCUUUGAGUUCAUAGAUAGCCUGCUGCGGCGCGCCGUCGCGCGCAUCGAGAACUGCACCUGCGUCACGCCGCAGGGCUGUGUAGAGUGUGUCUGCGACGAGCGCUGCAAGGAACGCAAUGUCGUCAUGAGCAAAGCCGGCGCCACAGUCGUGCUUAAGUGUCUGCUGGGAUGGGAUAUUGAUGUUGAUGCUCUGCCUUGGGGCGAGGAUUUUGAGGGUGAUGAAGGGGGGGGUGAAAUCGUGGGCGGUUACGAGACUGUUGUGGUUGCAGAGGAGGUUAGGGGCAGAAUUGGUGGUCAGGUCCGUGUUCAUGGAAGAGAAGAUGAUGGAGAUGCUGUUGUGUCAGGUUGA